GGGACAGCAGACUGGUUCGGGGUCAGUAAGGAAAACGAUAGCACCCAGCGAUGGAGGAGGAAGAGCCUGCAGCAUUGCAACCUGCGCUACGGCCGUCUCAAGGCCCAGGUGAUGAGGGAGAUGGAGCUGUCCAGCCAGGACAACCUGUCUCUGACCAGCACUGAGACCCCACCACCCCUCUACCUCCCCCCACACCACCAUCCCCACCACCACCACCACCCCUAUGCCAUGCAGAGGGUAGGGCAGCGCCGCCCACAGACAUACAUUCAUAGACUCUCUUUAUAUCUCUCUCUUUCUCUGUCUCUUGCCAUACAGUUGAAGUCGGAAGUUUACAUACACUUAGGUUGGAGUCAUUAAAACUUGUUUUUCAACCACAAAUUUCUUGUUAACAAACUAUAGUUUUGGCAAAUCGGUUAGGACAUCUACUUUAUGCAUGACACAAGUAAUUUAUUUUUCCAACAAUUGUUUACAGACAGAUUAUUUCACUUAUAAUUCACUGUAUCACAAUUCCAGUGGGUCAGAAGUUUACAUACACUAAGUUGACUGUGCCUUUAAACAGCUUGGAAAAUUCCAGAAAAUGAUGUCAUGGCUUUAGAAGCUUCUGAUAGGCUAAUUGACAUCAUUUGAGUCAAUUGGAGGUGGACCUGUGGAUGUAUUUCAAGGCCUACCUUCAAACUCAGUGUCUCUUUGCUUGACAUCAUGUGAAAAUCAAAAGAAAUCAGACAAGACCUCAGAAAAAAAAUUGUAGACCUCCACAAGUCUGGUUCAUCCUUGGGAGCAAUUUCCAAAUGCCUGAAGGUACCACGUUCAUCUGUACAAACAGUAGUACGCAAGUAUAAACACCAUGGAACCACGCAGCCGUCAUACCGCUCAGGAAGGAGACGCGUUCUGUCUCCUAGAGAUGAACGUACUUUGGUGCGUAAAGUGCAAAUCAAUCCCAGAACAACAGCAAAGGACCUUGUGAAGUUGCUGAAGGAAACAGGUACAAAUGUAUCUAUAUACAGUAAAACGAGUACUAUAUUGACAUAACCUGAAAGGCCGCUCAGCAAGGAAGAAGCCACUGCUCCAAAACUACGGUUUGCAACUGCACAUGGGGACAAAGAUCGUACUUUUUGGAGAAAUGUCCUCUGGUCUGAUGAAACAAAAAUAGAACUGUUUGGCCAUAAUGACCAUCGUUAUGUUUGGAGGAAAAAGGGGGUGCUUGCAAGCCGAAGAUAACCAUCCCAACCGUGAAGCACGGGGGUGGCAGCAUCAUGCUGUGGGGGUGCUUUGCUGCAGGAGGGACUGGGCACUUCACAAAAUAGAUGGCAUCAUGAGGAAGAAAAUUAUGUGGAUAUAUUGAAGCAACAUCUCAAGACAUCAGUCAGGAAGUUAAAGCUUGGUCGCAAAUGGGUCUUCCAAAUGGACAAUGACCCCAAGCAUACUUCCAAAGUUGUGGCAAAAUGGCUUAAGGACAACAAAGUCAAGGUAUUGGAGUGGCCAUCACAAAGCCCUGACCUCAAUCCUAUAGAACAUUUGUGGGCAGAACUGAAAAAGCGUGUGCGAGCAAGGAGGCCUACAAACCUGACUCAGUUACACCAGCUCUGUUAGGAGGAAUGGGCCAAAAUUCACCCAACUUAUUGUGGGAAGCUUGUGGAAGGCUACCCGAAAUGUUUGACCCAAGUUAAACAAUUUAAAGGCAAUGCUACCAAAUACUAAUUGAGUGUAUGUAAACAUCUGACCCACUGGGAAUGUGAUGAAAGAAAGAAAAGCUGAAAUAAAUAAUUCUCUCUACUAUUAUUCUGACAUUUCACAUUCUUAAAAUAAAGUGGUGAUCCUAACUGACCUAAGACAGGGAAUUUUUACUAGGAUUAAAUGUCAGGAAUUGUGAAAAACUGAGUUUAAAUGUAUUUGGCCAAGGUGUAUGUAAACUUCCGACUUCAACUGUACAUCUGUGCAUAUGUCAUGUCAUGUGUUGUGCUGUGUUGUGUUCUGAUUAAGGUGGUGUUGUGUUUCUUUACCCAAUAUCAAUCCUAUGUCUCUCCCUUGGGAACAAUGACGUUAUUCAAUACAAUUCAAAAUAGAUAUCAGAAUUGAUAUUUUGCUUAUUUCGGGUGUUUGUUUCUGUGAUGUAAGCUGAUAAGCGUAUUAAUACAUGGAGUAAUGCAACUGUUAGAGGUCCAUCACUAUGGUAACCUGUGUAUUGAUAUAACCAUGAACUUGACCUGUCAUGUAGCCUCUUACAAGAGCCCCAUUGUUGUAACUAUUCAAGUGAGUUUACCACCAAAUAACCUAAAAGGAUAUACUUUCCUCCGUGGUGUUUACAAUCGCAUCGGACAUGACAGUGUCUGCCUCUGUGUGUGUAGAUUGUGGACCCCCUGGCGCGAGGCCGUGCAUUCCGCAUGGUGGAGGAGGUAGAUGGUUACAGCGUACCCCAGACCCCCAUCACCCCUGGUACCACCUCUCUCUGCUCCUUCUCCAGCUCGCGCUCCGCACUCAACAGGUUACCACGGCGACGCAAGCGAGAGUCCGUCGCCGUCAUGAGCUUCAAGGCCGCCGCAGCGCUGGUCAAGGUGUGUGUCGCACAGACAGUGUCAGACGUGAGGAUCAGAGUGUGUGUGUUUGUGUGUGUGUGUGUGUGUAUGUGUGUGUGUGUGUGUCUGUGUGUGUGUGUGUGUGUGUUUGCAGGGAGCCGAUGUGUUUCCUGCAUGUUUACUACUGUACUGUUGAUGAAUCAUCCCUGAAACUCCAGCAGCUGAGAUAUAACAGUUCUAGUAACAGACACUGCUUUGAUCUAACUAAAUGCAUCAUUGGGAGUCACCUUGACUCAUAUUUACUAUCUCAAACCAAGUAUGCAAACAUCUUAGUCUCAGUAGUCUCAGUACCUCUUAGAUGCUGCUUGUCUUUUAUGACCCUGGUCACUGAACCGUUUCUGCUCUGUGGUCUUUGUUUAAAUGGUGGCACACUAAAACACAGCAAAACCGUGCUGGAUUGCAUUGUUUGGUCUAGGCCUUGAUCUCUUCCCCCAAAAUGGUUGUUGAGAUGGAAAAAUGGCAUGCAUCGAGACUUAAUCACAUGACCCCAGUUUAUUGUAUUCUGCUUAUGGACACGCGCGUGCACACACACACACACAAACGCACACACACAAACACACACACACAGAGUGUGUGUAUGUUUAUAUCGUAUAGGACGAUUACCAAUGUCAGUGUUAUGUAAAAGUUGAGCCCCAGCUUGUCUUGUAGGAUUAGGCUUUGGUGUAACAGCACUGUACAGAGGCUGUUCCUCUCUCCUGUCCUGUGGUGUCAGGCAGGGUGGUGGGGGGCACAUAGGUAGAUGACUAGGCUGGGGAGGGAGACUGUUUGCAUCCCAAAUGGCACCCUAUUCCCUAUUUAGUGCACUACUUUUGACCAGGGCCCCUGGUCAAAAGUAGUGCACUAAAUAGGGCAUAGGGUGCCAUUUGGGACAUAGACAUUAACAGAUGGCAUUAGGACAACUCUACUGUCAGUCCCGUCCUCCAGUCAGAAUGCUCAGCUGUGUGUCUGUUCUGUUAGCCAGUAGAAUACUGUGUAUUCUGAAACUGGAACAUUGAACGCUGCAGGGCUAAUCCAGCCUCCAGAGGUCAAAGCAUCAUAAUCAUCAUGGCCACUGGCCACAGCUGGUUGUCAGGAGUCAGAGAGGACACAAUCAUUUGUGUUCUCUGGUCUGGGGCUUUGGGGAUGCUGUCUGCCCUCUGUUUACUGGAUGUGUUCUUAAUCCCGGGUUGGGGUCAAUUCCAUUUCUAUUUGAAAUUAAUUCACUUCCUGAACUGACUGAAUGCAAGUGGAAUUGACCCGUCAUGGUCUCACUGUCACACACAACAGUAAUGUAAUAUCAUGCAAUACAUGUGUAACAGAGAGUAUGUAUUAGCGGUUACAACGACGGAGAUGACGACGACGAUGAUGAUGAUGACGGUGAUGACAGUGAUGAUAAUGACGAUGAUGAUGGUGUGUGUCAGGGCCGUACGGUGAGGGAGAGGGAGGGCGCUGCCCGGCGGUGUCGCAGGCGGAGCUUCAUGCCAGUGAGUUUCCUGGAGGAUGACACAGUGGACUUCCCUGACGAGCUGGACACCUCCUUCUUUGCUAGGGUGAGUAACACACACACAUACACACACAUUCCAUCACACAUUCACGCACAGAUAGCACACUCGCACAGUUUCUCCUGCCCCUCUUCAUCUCUUUUCCUCCUUCUCCUCCUUCUCCUCCUCCAUGCAGGAUGGUCUGAGGAGAGGAGAUGAGGAGCUGUCUACCUAUGCAGACGAUGUGUUUGACUCUCCGUCUGAGGCCGCCAUUAAAGAGGAGGAGUCUAACACAGCAGCGGAUGAGAGUGACCUCACAGGUGGCGCCCUGGACAAGAACGAACUGGAGAGGAGUCACCUGAUGCUGUGAGUGUAACACACAGACAUCACACACGCAAGUUGUUGCUGCUACUGUAGCCCAUUUCACCUAACACACACCCUCUUCUAACCCUCUCUCUCUCUCCCUCUAUCUCCCCUUCCUCCGCUACCCUCUCUCUCUCCCUCUAUCUCCCCUUCCUCCGCUACCCUCUCUCUCUCUCUCUCCCCCUCCCCUCUCUCUACAUUCCACAGGCCCCUGGAGCGGGGCUGGCGUAAGGGUAAAGAACCUGGACCGUCUCAGGUCCAGCCCAAGGUGCGUCUGCGGCAGGAGGUGGUGAGUGUGAGCGGGCAGCGGCGAGGCCAGCGGAUCACGGUGCCCGUCAAGAAGCUCUUCGCCAGGGAGAAGAGGCCCUACGGCCUAGGGAUGGUGGGCAGGCUCACCAACAGAACCUACCGCAAACGCAUCGACAGCUUCGUCCAGCAACAGAUAGAGGACAUGGACGACCACAGGUACACCUUAUUGUCAAUGAGGAUUUUCCGAUUCUUGAAUUUCAAUGUCGAAUUCUAAAUUUGCUACAUUGCUAUGCAUUUGACUUCAACCCUGGCAUGGUCACAUGGUCACACUGUAACAUAAAACAUUUUAUCACACUGCAGUCAUAGCUGUAGUGGAGGUAGGAGCUGUGUUGAGUUUGUCCCAGAUAAGAUACAGUAUGAGUCAUCACAGGAUAAAAGAAAGCACCUUAUUCCUGGCCUCUAGAUUAAUAAACAAACCAGGACGGUGUGACUCAGUCACAGAUGGUCGAGUCCCAGAUCACCAUGUGGGAAACAAUGGGUUACACAGUUGUUGUCAUACAUUACUAUCUUAGUGGAUGCAGCUGUUUUCAGUGUGAAGCCCCCACUGACAUACUGAGAUACUGUUUCUAACAGAAUAGGCAAGCUGCUGUACUAUGUGAGAUACCGUAUUAAUAUUGUGUAUGUGUGUUUGUGUGUGUGUGUGUGUGUGCAGGCCUUUCUUUACCUACUGGAUCACAUUUGUCCACCUGUUGAUCACCAUCCUGACUGUUUGUCUCUACGGCAUCGCCCCUGUGGGCUUCUCCCAGCACGAGACCGUCGACUCGGUCAGUACAGUGACUGUUAUAUAAUGUAGUUUGCGUUAUAAAGGUUACAGUGAUGGUUGUAGAGUCUUUGCUAUAAAGGUUGUGCCUUAUGUGAUGAGUGAUCCAUUGUAUCAAUGUGUUAUGUCUUUGCAUUUCACUUUGUAAACCCUUUGGCUUUUCCUCUCUCUCUCUUUAGGUAUUGAGAAAUAAAGGUGUUUAUGAAAAUGUCAAGUUUGUGCAACAAGAAAACUUCUGGGUGGGACCAAAUUCGGUAAGUGUAACUUUUGUUAGGCUAAUGGACUUCAUUUGAUCAUUUAAACCUAUAUGUCAGCUAUAAGACAUUGUGUUUCUAUUUUAACAAACCUAACACAAUGGUAAAUCAUAGCGCUGGCGCAAUUACUGCUCCCAAACUUGAUCUUUUAAUAAAACUUUGGUGAUUAAGAUGUUUAUUAAUACGAGGGUUACCGGCACAAAAAGCACAUCUCCUUUCUUGUUCCAUGAGCAUAAGACUCCUGUUUGUCACGGCUGGAUAGGUUACGCUUCCGCUCACAAAAUCCAUGCCAUUACCAACCGCGUUACCGCUAAUAUCUGCUUUUCGUUGGUCUUAAAUCUCCUGAUAUGCGCUGCAGGGGUUGGAACCAAAAUACCUUUUUUAUCGUUUUGUUCUGAACAGAACCAUCAUUUUUGGGGGGUUCAUUCCACUGUUCCGACCAGAUUUACUUCACCAAUCAGUGCAGAUAGAGCAGCUUGCUAUGGAGCGGGCAGGCUAUAGUUGUUUACAUGUGUGAUGGAAAGAAAAGUGUAGGGCGCGAGAUGCGAUGAACAUUUUGCGGGUGGGGAGAAAGCAAGAGAGGGUGGAGGAGGAAGCUUGGCUUGAAGCGCUGGGCAUCUUGUUGUGACAUGCAUUAUCUGAAUUAGGCCCACAGAAUUAUACCUACGGAGGAGCAGCGUCAAUGGAGGAACUUGCAGACUGGCACCAGAAUUAAAAACACGUCAAUAAUCCAAUAUGAAAUGUGAUAACUAUAGUAUCCUUAACUAGUACUGAAAAAGUUAAUCCAUUCUUCUCUAAUUAAAAUCUCUCUCCGUAUCUUCUGAAUCAUGCUUGUAACAUCAGUAGGCUACAGUAACCUAUACUUCGGAGGGGGAGGGGCAGGUAGCCUACACACGCACACACUCUGGCAAAGAGUUUCAGCUGGCAGGCAGACACUGGAAGAAGUUUCUGAGUGACAGAGGGAGAGCUUUGCAUAGCUGCUUUGUUGCGUUUUAUGUGGGGGGGGAAAAAAUGCCGGAACGUAAAAUAAUGUUAUUAACUGGUUCCCAUGCUUUUAAAAUAAUGGUUCUGUUCCGGGAAAGUAUAGAUCACUUUCGUUCCCGGUUCUGAUUCUGUUCCUUGAAAAUGUUUGUUAUUUUCCGGUUUCCGGUUAUUUUCCCUGAACCGGUUCCAACCCCUGCUUUUGUGCUUGUUUUCAAGGACACACCACAAAUAUUCCCACCUCAGUGCAAGCGAGCUUAUAUUAGACAGGUACAUUUAUAUUAGGACAGGUAAAUUGCUGAACCUUGGGUGCAAAACGCCAGAGUACCAGUUUUUACAUGCUGAAAUGUAAAAACGACUGUGUUUGGCACUUGCGCUGCCAUAGCACCAGCCGAAAAUAGAGCCCCUUGUCUGUGUUCUGACUGCACACGCUCCCCUGGCCUGCAGGAGGCGCUGAUACACCUGGGGGCUAAGUUCUCCCCCUGCAUGCGUCAGGACCAGCAGGUCCAUGACCUGAUCCAGGAGAAGAGAGGAAGAGAGCGGGAUUCAGCCUGCUGUGUGAGGAACGACCGCUCUGGCUGUCUCCAGACCUCACAGGAGGAGUGCUCUGUGAGUUACCCUGGUGUUACACUACUGUUACAGUAAUUUUAUGUUUAAUAUCCUAAAAUCUGUAGCAAUUAACCCCUCUCUCUCUCUCUAUCUCUCUCUCUCUCCAGUCUACUCUAGCAGUGUGGGUGAAGUGGCCUCAUCACCCCAGUGCUCCUCUCCUGGAGGGGAAGGUCCGUCAGCACGGCUCAGUCUGCCACCAGGACCCCAGGUAAUAAACUGCCUCUCUCUCUCUCCUUCUCUUCAUCCAUCUCCCUCUCUUCUUCUAUAUUUACAUUUACAUUUUCGUCAUUUAACAGACGCUCUUAUCCAAAGCGACUUACAAAUUGGAUCUCCUCUUCCCUCUAGACGUUAUAUGUUCUUUCCUCUGUUCCUCUCUUUUCAGGAUAUGCCUGGAGCCAGCCUCUGUAUCGCCUCACGAGUGGCCUGAUGACAUCACCAAGUGGCCAGUGUGUACCAGGUACAACCCAGGCAACCACACUAACCUCCCCCACGUGGACUGUGCCAUCACCGGACGGCCCUGCUGCAUCGGGACCAAAGGGAGGUGAGGACAGACAGUACUCUCCACAAACUGCACGGUAGUGGUGAAUACUAUAUGACAGGGUUCCCCAACUGGCCCCUCAAUUUCUCGGAGAAGAAAAAAAAAACAGUUAUUUAAUUUUAUUAUUAUUUGAUUGUUGGACAUAAAAUACUGUAAAUAGACUGGUAAAUCAGCUUUUCCAAUUUUGGAAAUCUGUUCCGAAGUAUUUUCACGCAUAAUAUAGAGAUAUAUGUGAUUGUAUACAAAUGUAAGCAAGGUUUGAAGUGAUUAUGUUUGAGUCAUCUGUUUGGGCUUCUUGUGGUCAAUUUGCAGUCUAUAAAUUAUUUGUAAUUAUUUUCCGGCCCCCGACCAUCCGCUCAAGAAAAAAUCGGCCCGCAGCUGAAUCUAGUUGAUUAUCCCUGCUAUAUGACUUAUACAAACAAUUAGCUAUGUUUUGAAAGUGUGUUGCUGAGGAGCCUGUACUAGUACUUUAUGCUGUUCAGUUCCCUCAGUCUUCACAGCUAUAGGUAGUUGAUGUUGUAAUGGCUUGUGUUGUGUGUUCACUAUUCAGGUGUGAGAUCACGUCCAGAGAGUACUGUGACUUUAUGAAGGGCUACUUCCACGAGGAGGCUACUCUCUGCUCCCAGGUGGCCUGUAUGGAUGAUGUGUGUGGCCUGCUACCUUUCCUCAACCCUGAGAUCCCAGACCAGUUCUACAGACUAUGGCUCUCUCUAUUCCUCCAUGCUGGGUGAGUAGUGUUUCUCUGUAAAGAAUAUUCAUUAGAAUCUUUUUACACGUCUAUUUUUAAAGGAUAAAGCUAAGAACAUUCACAACUUAAUAGUUAAGAACACUAUAACAAUAUAGAAGAAUAGAGCGAUACCCAAUGGGCUGGACGAUUGUCUUCUCAUCACUCAUCUUGAAAAAAUGUAUACUAACAACUUGGAAGUCAAUCAAUCCGCCAUCAUUGACACAAUGGAAAAAUUGAAUGAUUUAUUAUUGAAAUAUUGAAAUAGCAUGGGCGACCGAGAAAAACGAAUUGGUAAAAUGUAAGGCCACGUGGCAAACAAUAAUGCAGGCAUUAGGGAUGGGGGUGUGAGCAUGUGGGACUGGGCUGAUGAGAUGUAGUCAUUGUUUGUGUGUGUCUGUAAGUUGUUGUUCAUAUGUAUGAGUUUGUUUUUAGAGUAAAGAAAACAAGAAAAAACUAAUAUAUAUAUAAAAUACUGAAAUAGCAAAUUUACAUAAGUAUUCAGAUCCUUUUCUCAGUACUUUGUUGAAGCACCUUUGGCAGCGAUUAUAUCCUCGAGUCUUCUUGGGUAUGACGCUACAAGCUUGGCACACCUGUAUUUGGGGAGUUUCUCCCAUUCUUCUCUGCAGAUCCUCUCAAGCUCUGUCAGGUUGGUUGGGGAGCGUUUCUGCACAACUAUUUUCAGGUCUCUCCAGAGGUGUUCGAUCGGGUUCAAGUCCGGGCUCUGGCUGGGCCACUCAAGGACAUUCAGGUUUUCAUCAAGGAUCUCUCUGUACUUUUCUCUGUUAAUCUUUCCCUCGAUCCUGACUAGUCUCCCAGUCCCUGCCGCUGAAAAACAUCCCCACAGCAUGAUGCUGCCAGCACCAUGGUGUCAGAUUUCUUCCAGAUGUGCCGCUUGGCAUUCAGGCUAAAGAGUUCAAUCUUGGUUUCAUCAGACCAGAGAAUCUUGUUUCUCAUGGUCUGAGUCCUUUAGGUGCCUUUUGGCAAACUCCAAGCGGGCUGUCAUGUGCCUUUUACUGAGGAGUGGCUUUCGUCUGGCCACUCUACCAUAAAGGCCUGAUUGGUGGAGUGCUGCAGAGAUGGUUGUCCUUCUGGAAGGUUCUCCCAUCUCCACAGAGGAACUCUGGAGCUCUGUCAGAGUGACCAUCAGGUUCUUGAUCACCUCCCUGACCAAGGCCCUUCUCCCCCGAUUGCUCAGUUUGGCCAGGCAGCCAGAUCUAGGAAGAGUCUUGGUGGUUCCAAACUUCUUCCAUUUAAGAAUGAUGGAGGCCACUGUGUUCUUGAGGACCUUCAAUGCUGCAGACAUUUUUUGGUACCCUUGGCCAGAUCUGUGCCUCGACACAAUCCUGUCUUGGAGCUCUACGGACAAUUCCUUCGAACUCAUGGCUUGGUUUUUGCUCUGACAUGCACUGUGAACUCUGGGACCUUAUAUGGACAGGUGUGUGCCCCUGCCAAAUCAUGUCCAAUCAAUUUCAUUUACCACAGGUGGACUCCAAUGAAGUUGUAGAAACAGUGGACAUCAGGAAGCAAACAGGAUGCAGGAUGCACCUGAGCUCAAUUUCGAGUCUCAUAGCAAAGGGUCUGAAUAGUUAUGUAAAUAAGGUAUUUCUGUUUUUUGUUUUUUAUACAUUUGCAAAAACAAAUUAAAAACCUGUUUUCGCUUUGUCAUAAUGGGGUAUUGUGUGCAGAUUGAUGAGGGAAAAAAUGAAUGUAAUCAAUUUUAUAAUAAGGCUGUAACGUAAACUGUAGAAAAAGUGAAGGGGUCAGAAUACUUUCUGAAUGCACUGUAUAUAUAUAUAUAUAUAUAUAUAUAUAUAUAUUGGUAUUAGACAAGUUGUGUUCAAUAUGUUUAAACUCUGUCCUGCACAAUGUCCUGCAUGAUGUGUCAAACAUCCUGAAUAAAUUAGGAGGCUACUGUAUUUGGCCAGAAAAUUGUAUUUUUAAGUCUCAAAUGGUAUGUGCAUGCGCAACCUGUAGACGUUUGUUGGUCUCGUGUAUCGUGAGUCAGCUUUGUUCCUGGGCAUUAGUGUGCUACACACAUACCAGUCGGCGCACUAGCUCUGUUAACCACUGUUGCUUGUGCAGCUAGUUAGUACACACUAGCUAGGUUAGGUAGCUAGUACACGCUAGCUAGCUAGCUAGUAUACGCUAGCUAGCUAGUACCUAGCUUUUAAUUAUAAAUCUAAUUUCACCACUCGUACUGUUGGUGGCGGUAACGCACCAUCCUCUCUGGCACCAUUCGACAUCCUGUCUCAUCUCGUAUGUCUCACAGUGUCUGUAGUAUGAAAAAGUAUCUGCUGGAGACAGACCCUAUUGGAAAAUCAUAUAGUUUGUAACCUGCUGAGGCUCGCCAUAUGUCUUUCUUUAUUUGCUAAUAUGUAUCCCUGUAGGAUCCUGCACUGCCUGGUGUCGGUGCUCUUCCAGAUGACCAUCCUGAGGGACUUAGAGAAGCUGGCCGGCUGGCUGAGGAUCUCUAUCAUCUACAUCGUCUCUGGAAUCACUGGCAACCUGGCCAGCGCUAUCUUCCUGCCCUACAGAGCAGAGGUACAGUACUGUAGAUACACUGACCAUAUAGGUCUAGUGAUGUCACUGGUAUAAUGAUGGGAGAUUUGUUUGAUUAUGAUACUAUGGACCCAUAAUAAACAAGAAUCUAAAAUGUAAUUUAAUUUGUUUUAUUGUCAUUCCACUGGCUGUCCCUUAGGUGGCAGGAGGCCAAGUAUUCAGCUGCCAAUAUGUGUCUCUCUCUCUUUCUGUUCUCCUGCUCCCUCUCCCCCUUCCUCCCCAGGUGGGUCCAGCUGGCUCUCAGUUUGGUAUCCUGGCCUGUCUGUUUGUUGAGCUGUUCCAGAGCUGGCAGAUCCUGGAGCGUCCGUGGAGGGCUUUCAGCAAGCUGCUGUGUGUCGGCAUCUUCCUCUUCUCCUUCGGCCUGCUGCCCUGGAUAGACAACUUCGCCCACAUCUCCGGAUUCAUCUCUGGACUCUUCCUCUCCUUCUCCUUCCUGCCAUACAUCAGGUGAGAGCUGGUUUGAUUUAGUCAUAUUUUUGGGGAUUUUUUGUGUAUGUAAUAUAAAGCGCUUUGAACUACUUUUAAAAAUAAUAAUAAUGUGGCUCAGUUCUAAAUGGCUCAGUUGGUUCUGGGUUUGAGGCCACAUAUACCUGAAUCAAUUAUGUUUUACUAAAACUUUAAGUUACUUUGGGUAAUAUUUUUUAUAUGUUUUAUUAUUACAUUGAAUGAAAAUAUGGCCUCAAGGGUAUGCUAUACCCUGUAAUAUGUAAAACACUAAUAUUGAUUUUAUGAUCCUAUUCUUCUUAUUAUUUCCAGUUUUGGCCGUUCGGACAUGUACCGUAAACGUGUCCAGAUCUGUGUGUUCCUGUUGGUGUUCCUGGGUCUCUUCUCAGGGCUGGCUGUACUGUUCUACGUCCACCCGGUCAAGUGUGAGUGGUGUGAGUACCUCACCUGUAUUCCCCUCACUGACAAGUUCUGUGACAAGUACGACCUCAACGCCCACCUCCAC